AUGAUAAUGAAUCAAAGGAUCAUAGAUCAUUUUUUGUUAAUGGUCUUUCUAUGUUUGAGUUAUGAUGGGGUACGAGGAACAAAGUUGUCCAAACAAGAAGAUUUAGAGUUGGAGAAUCAACUAAAAGUCCUAAAUAAACCUCCAAUUAAAACCAUUAAGACUAAAUAUGGUGAUAUAUAUGAUUGUGUGAAUUUCUACGAGCAACCUGCAUUUGACCAUCCUUUAUUGAAGAAUCAUAAUUACCAUUCUCAGAUGAAACCAUCUUUUUAUAUGAAAGAGAGUGUUUCAACUAUAUCAACAAGUAAUUACAAGUCGUCAAGAAUCGGAUUACCUGAUAGAGGAUGUCCAGUUGGAACUGUUCCUAUCAGAAGAACCACCAAAGAAGAUCUCAUUAGACAUAAACUUAUGCCGCUAUCUGAAGAUGUCAUGUUCAACAAUUCACUCAAUCGCAGAAAAAAACCUUUAAAAGGGUACAAGCUUGCAAUCGUUCAUACUGAAGAUUUUCCAGGUAGCAAAUUUGGUGGAGCUGGGGUUGACCCUGCCUUGUAUGGUGACAAUUUAACUAGGCUAUUCAUACAUUUCACGGAUGGUAAAACUAGUAGUUGUUUCAAUUUGUUAUGUCCUGGAUUUGUUCUUCUAAACACACAAAUACCUAUAGAUGGAGUAUUUGAACCCGUUUCACAACGUGGAGGGAAUAUAUCUGAUAUAGGACUAUCGAUAAAUUGGGAUCUAGAAGAAGGAAAUUGGUGGUUGUUCUCUACGGAGUCAAAUACACCAUUUGGUUUUUGGCCUCGAGAAGUGUUUGAUGACGACUUUGCAUAUUAUGUAACGAGAGUUGAAUGGGGUGGAGUGGUAUAUAGUCCACCAGGAAUACUUGAACCUCCCAUGGGUUCAAGUUUUUUCCCUAUUGAAAACAAUAAUUAUGAUGCAUUUUGUAAAAAUAUGACACUUUUAAGUGAUAGAGGUGGACGACUCUACACAGUAGAGAGUCAAUUGUCUACAUUUUUAUCCAAUAGUGAUUUGUAUAAUGUCUCGACUAUUCCUGGUUUAAUGUAUUAUGGUGGACCUGGUGAAAAGUAG